AAAAAAAAAAAAACCAAAAACUUUACUCGCGAAGCUUCUGUCCGCCAACAGAAAUUGUCGACUAGCAGACAUAAUCGAUGAAAAAAUAUGAAGUUUACUAGAAAAUCAGUUCUGAAUUUUUUGACAUGGUGAUUUAUUGUGUUUCUCGAUGAUGAACUUUGAAGAGUUUAAGGUUAAUACCCCAUGGUUCAAGAUGACUUCAAAUAAGGAUUCGGGAACAAAUCCUAAACCAGCAACUGCGGUUUUAUCAAUGGGUUCUAUGAUGGGACAGCCGGGGCAACAACCACGUUUUGAUAUCAAGUUCUGGGGAUGGUCGCUUUUAACGAUUGUUCCAUGGGCUAUCAAUGCGAAAGAUAAAAUUAGAGCACCAGAUACCAUAAACAAGAAGUUGAAAGGACACGCCCAGUCGCGUGGGGUUGUUGACAGUGGUGGUGGUAGGGGCAAUCCUUUGCGGUUUAGACCUUAUGUUUCUAAGGUCCCGUGGCAUACUGGUGCAAGAGCCUUUCUUUCUCAGUUAUUUCCACGAUAUGGUCAUUAUUGUGGGCCGAAUUGGUCAAGCGGGAAAGAUGGGGGUUCUCUUCUUUGGGAUAAGCGGCCGAUUGAUUGGUUGGAUUACUGCUGUUAUUGCCAUGAUAUUGGUUACGACUCUCAUGAUCAAGCUGAACUGUUAAAGGCUGACUUGGCAUUUCUUCAGUGCCUGGAGAGGCCGCAUAUGGCUACCAAAGGAGAUGCUCACGUAGCUCACGUUUACAAGACGAUGUGUAUCACAGGUUUAAAGAACAUGCUUAUACCAUACAGAACACACCUUGUGAAAUUACAGUCUGGUCAACCUUUGAUAAAUUUUGAGUGGCUGAGCAAAGUGAAAUGGAUAAGAUGGAAUUUGCAGAAAACUUGAUGAUAACCAGUUCUCAGAGUAGCCUGUUACAAUAUUGAAGCAAAAUCAAGGCAUGCGCAUGGGUUUCAGUUUCGUUGUUAUGUUUUUGCUGCGGCCCGAUGCCUGGUGCUUCUAGGUAGGUAAAGUGCCUAAGGAUCAUGGCUUAUCUUGGAGAUUGAGAUGCCUGGAUCUCAUUUUAAAUUUGCACAUAUGCAUAAUGUUAUUGUAAAUAAUUCCAGGACUUGCUUGCUAUUGUUCCGAGUUAUGUUUGUUCAAUGUUGCCAUUUAUAAGAGAUGCUAUGCAGAACCUGCAUAUCGUAGGCAGAUAUUAGUGUUUAAAGACUUGAUCAUAUGCCCUCGUUAUAUUUAUUUUUGCCUGGAAUGGAGUAUUCUUAUCCAUGAAAUCUCAUGAUUUGAAACAUUCUGAAAAUUAAGCUU